UGGAGCCUGCCCCUCGUCCAGGCACAGUAAGUCAGCACACCGCAGUCAUGGGGAUCAGCAAGGCCAUCAUCGUGCUCGUCGUGGUGGGUGCCGCGGCCGCGCAGUACAAGCAGCAGCAGAGUUACGGGCACGCCCAGUCCUACGUGUCGGUGAAUCAGCUGUCGUCCGUCAAGCACGAGUACAAGCACGCCCCCGUCUACAAGCAGGAGCCUCUGUACGUCAAGCACGAGUACAAGCAGCCAGAGUACAUCCAGCACGAGUACAAGAAGCCCGAGCCCGUCUACAUCAAGCACGAGUACAAGCAGCCGGAGCCCGUCUACAUCAAGCACGAGUACAAGAAGCCCGAGCCCGUGUACGUCCAGCACGAGUACAAGCAGCCAGAGUACAUCAAGCACGAAUACAAGCAGCCCGAGCCCGUCUACAUCAAGCACGAGUACAAGCAGCCAGAGCCCGUCUACGUCCACCAGGAGUACAAGAAGCCCGAGCCCGUCUACGUUCAGCAGGAAUACAAGCACGAGCCCGAGCACUACGCUCACCCAAAGUACGCGUUCAAGUACGGCGUGCACGACUCGCACACCGGGGACGUCAAGGACCAGCAGGAGGAGCGUGACGGUGACGUGGUGAAGGGCGAGUACUCGCUGCUGCAGCCCGAUGGCAGGAAGCGCAUCGUGCACUACACGGCGGACAAGCACAGCGGCUUCAACGCCGUCGUCUCCUACAGUGGCCACGCCGCGCACCCAGAGGGCUACAAGAAGGCCGAGUCCGCCCACUACUGAGCGCAGCGCCCACCCGUCAACGACUGACAAACUAUCUCAUCUCAAAGACUGUGUAGAGAAGAAGACAAUCAUGUAAAUACCUCACUAGCGAAUAAAUAAAUUUAUUGACGAAAACCUUGUAUGUCUUUUGGCUA